AUGGAAACUUUCGACGCAAGACUGCGCUCUUUUGUGAAAGGCAAGUCAAAGUCUUCUGGAAAAUGGACACAUCCAGACUCCUUCAUUGCGACUCCCACGUCCCUCGCCGAGGCUGGCUUUUACUUCAAACCAAGCAAGCAAGACCCGGAUAACGUGCAGUGCUUUAUUUGUAAGAAGGAGCUGAGCGGCUGGGAGGAGGAUGAUAAUCCUUUCGAGAUCCACGUGAAAAAAUGUCCAAAGUGUCCGUGGGCAAUUGCACGCUGCUCGCUGGAAUUCGACGUGGAUUCAGAUGGAAAGUUUCUGAUCACUGACUCUUCCCGCCUUCCGACGAACAAGGUGUUGGAGAAGGCUAGAGCGGACACAUUCAAGGGAGGAAAGAAGUGGUGGCCCCACGAUUCAGUGAAGAAUCAUGGUGCCGCCUCAAAGAAGAUGGCCAAGGCAGGCUUUGUGUAUACCCCUCAGAAAGAAGGAGAUGAUACUGCAACCUGCUUUUAUUGCGAUCUCUCGUUGUCUGGUUGGGAUGAAUCAGAUGAUCCAACGGAAGAGCAUGUCAAACGUGUAGAGAAAUCGGGCAAGCCAUGUCCGUUCUUCAAUGCAACAGAACGACCAAAAUCUCAGGCGAGUACGAGAUCAACGAAAAAUACUUCAAGACAAUCUCGUGCGCCAAAGCAAAUCGACGCUGAGUCGGAUACCAUUGAUGAUGACGACGACGAACCUCCUACUGUGAAAGCACCCGUGAGGAGAGGAAAACAAAAGUCUAGUGCAGCUGCCCCUUCAUCUACCGCUACUGCUCGUCCAGACAAAUCAUCGAAAUUGAGUGAAGCAGAAAAUACCGACGAACUCGAGGAGGACGAUGAUCCUUCACUCAAAGUCAACUCCAAUCCUGCUCCGCGAAAAUCGACCAGGAAGCCUGCAUUGAAGUCAAGGCCCACUUCUAGAUCCACAGGGAGAGGGAAACAGCGCGUGCCUUCAGCUUCGGAUGAAGAAAGCAGCGCUGAAGUUGAGACGAAACGUGCAAGAUCACGGACCAAGUCGGCAAAAUCAACUUCCACCAAGGAAGGGCGGGAAGUGGGCAGAGAAGAGCAUGACAAGCCGCCUUCUAACGUUGAUGGGAAAAUCACCAAGCAAUACGAAGACUUCGUUGUCGACAUCAAUGAGUUGGAAGAAAAGAACAAAGGCGAGAAGAAGCGACGAGGUCGACCACCUUCCAAGUCGAAGUCCCGGUCAACUAGCGCGAGAGCAUCUUCCGUGGCCAAUCCAAAUGAAAAACCUCUCGCUCGGGCUAGGUCUCGCUCACGCAUUUCUGUAACUACCGAAAUGGCCGACGAGAGGGAGACGGAACAGAUGCUUGCUGAACCACCUUCGGAGACUGAGGCAGAGCAAGAGCCGGAGCCGGAGUCGAAACGUACAAUGGAGAAGAAGCCAUCUUCAAAGGCGCGACGGCAAACUCGGGCGAAGAAAGCGCCCGCAGAGUCGGAAUUAGAUGAGCUUGAACAGGAGACAAGCGCAACGACAUCCAAGCCUGCAAGCGUCAGGAGUGAGAAAUCAAGGUCUGGUAAAUCAAGCGAGUCCAGUAGGACAUCAGUGAAACCAUCCUCGGCUAAGUCAAGGACGAAAGCAUCGGACCCGAGCUCACUGAAGGAGGGUGAAUUAACUGGACCCACUGGCGAUAGCGAAGAACAAGAUGAGCAUACGAUAAUACUACAUGAUGCAGACGGAAGAGCGGCCGCCGAUGACAAUCGACAAAUGGAUAUAGAUCUCGACAUUGCUGCGGAAAAGCCAUCAACUAGCACUCCUGUUCAGCACUCCUUCCCCAAUCCUGAAUCGCCAUCAGAUUUCAAGCUUGCUCCGUCGAAGACUGCGAAAUCGGGCAAAGCCAAUUCAAAACCGAAUCCGGAUACUGCAAAUCGCUCUGAAGACGUUAACGGCCCUCUUAAUCAUCAGCGCUCACGGACGCCCAGCCCAGUGCCUACACAUGCUCAUCAAAAAGAAAGCAAAAAGCAAAAGCCUGUCUCUACAAAAUCAAAGUCUGGGGUGAAGGCUAGUUCGAGCAGUAGAGAGAGGACCAACUCGGAAUAUGUUGAAAGGGACGUGAAUGACAUGGAUGUGGACGAUGAAGGUAUUAAACCAGUAGAUUUCACAUCGAAGAAGACAUCGUCGUCACGGCGGUCGACCGACGCAUCUACGACGCGGCGUCCUCCCGCACCUGAGGUCACCGACGCACCGCCAUCCCGACCCACGACCCCCGAAGCCCAAAUCAUGCGUUCCAUACCGCCUAAGCAGGCCGACAAUGCAAUCGAUUUCCAGACUUCAUUACGAGUCCCUCCUUCUCCGGCAGAUAUGUUCCUUCCACCUCUGGCAGACAAGCCAAUUCAGACCUUAACAGCAUUGACUGAGGAAGAAAGGGCCAUGACUGUCGAACAGUGGAUUCGGCACGAGAUGGCAGUGCAAUAUCAGAGACUAAAGGAGGACGGGGAAAGGAGAAUACAGGCUUUCCUUGAGAAGGCGGAGGAAACGAAGAGACAGAUUGAGGCGCUUUGA